GUUGACAUUGAACACCGCUCUAAAAAUAGGUUGUGUGAGACCCCCGUCAUAUGACAACUUUCCUUGUCGGGGUGUGCGGUUCGCAUGUUUUGUACAUAUAAAUGAACAGUUAACGAUGGGAUGCUGCUUUUCAAGCGAGAAUGAGGAAACUAACCCAAAGACUCCGCUAAUGAAGGAUACCAGAGGAAGCGGAUCUCAGUAUACCAAUGACUCAUCACCGACAAAUCCAUCCGCCAGGAAAUACAAACAGGAUCCGCCACCAAACAAGGAUUUUUUGACUUCCAUCGAUCUGUUGGCAACAGCGGGUAUGAAGAACAUCGGGAUUCCUUCGCUAAACAAAACCUUCCAGGAUCAGGGAAAAGUUUUUGAUGAACUAUUCCGACAAUUCCAAAAUAUGAAAGAAAGUCUCAACAACUUCAAGUCCCAUUUCGCAGCAGAGACUGAUGGUGUCCCGGUCCUGUCCAAGUGCAUGGAGCUUCUAGCAGUGGAAUGUGGAAGUUGCAAUUUAAAAGUCGAGCGCCGCAAGUACAGUGUCAUCAUUGUGUACGAAAACCAGGAUGUCAUGCGGAAUAGCUCGGCCAAUCCACAACGAGUGCUCGACUGUUUACAGUUGUUUAAUUCUUUUAACAAAAACAUUCAGAAGAUUUUAGAAAGAACACCAGAAGUUGAAAAUUCCGCCAAGAUUCUUCUUGACGACGAAGGCGGCAUGCGUAAAGAAGUAACGAAGGCCGAUUUGGUUGGAACGGAGGGCCCAGAAGCAAUGCAAGUGUGUAAUGAAAACAUACAUAAACUAAGAAAAAUGAACAGUAACCUGAAAACGAUUAAAAGCCACACCGAGCGAACGAUGAAAGAGGUGAUAGAAGCAUCCAAAGCAUUAUUUAAUGGUCCGAACAUACAGCCCUAGCAGCAAAGAUAUACAUGUAUCUAGUUCAUCGCAAUGUUUGUGCUUUAUAAAAUAUUUCAAAUGCAAUGUGUAUAUUGUAUGAUCCUAUUAAAUUUACGUCAAAUGAC